CCAAAAGAGAGCAAACGAACCCAAGUCAUGCCCUGGAGCGUGAGGUGGGAGCUGACGACCACAAACAGCCGUGGCGGGGCUGUAUGGGGCAAUAGCAAAGUGCUGCUGGGAAUGCCCCUGUUUCUUCUACAAUAAAACUCAACACACACGUCCAGAUCAAAUGUGGCGUACGUGCGUGACCAGCUACCUGCCUCAGGGCCCCUCUUAGAUGGGAAAAUUCAGCACAGCCCGCCACCAGCUGCCACUGAAGGGCCACAGCCUGCAGAGCUGGGCAUCUGCUUCGGCUUUUCAGCACCCGCUUCAGCUUUGCUGGGCUUUGGGCACGGCUUCGGCGCAGGCCACGGACUCAAAGGUGGGGAAGGGAUGGCUGGAGGGCUCGGGGCAGGGCCAGCCUCAUGGCCGGAGGAGGAUGCUCUGCUUGCGCUUGUCUGGCAGAGGGAGAUCAGGAAAUGACAGUGCCUAGAAACAGCUGCAGAUCCCGGACGGCUGUUUGCUUCCAGCCCAUAGCACCCUGACCCACUGAAACCUCAACCCAGGAGUCAGGUGGUUUGCGAAAGGUUUAUGCAAACUUAUCUCAGAUGCCCCCGCCGACCUGGGGCUCAGUCUGUGACACUCUGUACCAGCCAACAAGCUCCUGCAAACGAGGAAAGUGCAAGGUGCUCAGAGCAGCUGGAGCCUCCCUGGCACCGAGGAGCCAACGCCGGGACGUGGCACGCUGCGCCAGCACAUCGUCCCUCUCCCCCUGUCCCUAGGAGGUUCAGCGGUGCACCGUGAGCUUGAUCUACCCUGACCUGCUGCGGGACACGUCCCCGUGGAGCCCCACCAUCCACCCAUGCUGCGCUUCUUCUGGGACAGCAUCUCCUUCCAGAUGCUCCUCAUCUUCCUCGUCGUCUUCCUGCUCAUCGCUGACUACAUGAAGAACAGAAAGCCAAAGCAUUUCCCUCCCAGCCCCUUCCGCCUCCCCUUCGUGGGGCACAUCCACAUGCUGAACUUCAACGAUCCCCACAUCAUGGUGGAGAAGUUUACUAAAAAAUACGGGGACAUCUUCCACAUGCAGAUGGGCAGCACAUCAUUUGUGUGUGUAAAUGGGCUGCGGCUGAUUAAAGAAGUUCUUGUAAACCAAGCGGAAAACUUCAUGGAUCGCCCUGAAAUUCCUAUCGACAGUGAGGUCUUCAGCAAAAGGGGACUUGUCUCCUCCAAUGGGCACUUGUGGAAGCAGCAGAGAAGGUUCACCUUGACCACCCUCCGAAACUUUGGCUUGGGGAAGAGGAGCCUGGAGGAGCGCAUCCAGGAGGAGUCACAAUGCCUUGUGGAUGCAUUUAGGGAUGAGCAGGGGAAUCUUUUCAACCCUCACUUUAAAAUCAACAACGCCAUUUCAAACAUCAUCUGCUCUGUCACCUUUGGCAACCGGUUUGACUACCAUGAUGAGGACUUCCAAAAAUUGCUGCGGCUGAUCGACGAGACGGAAACCUGUAAAAAAUCUGUGAGUUCAUCAGCCAAGAUGGAGCUUCGGUUUUGGCCUGAUUUUGUUUCUUUCUUGGAAAAGCUGAACGGGCAGACUGUUUUGGUGGUUCUGGUCACGUUUCUUUUGAUUAUUGACCUUGUGAAAAAGAGACGUCCCAAGAAUUUCCCUCCAGGGCCACGGCUCUUUCCUCUCGUGGGAACCUUUGUGGACUUUAAGCAGCCCCUCCAUCUUGAGCUGCAGAAGCUUACUGGUCGGUACGGGAACAUCUUCAGCGUGCAGUUUGGAAGUCUGACUUUUGUGGUAGUCAACGGAUACCAAAUGGUGAGAGAAGCGCUUGUCCACCAGGCUGAAAUAUUUGUAGAUCGGCCAAAUAUUCCACUUCUCCAAGAAAUAUUUAGAGGCUUUGGGCUCAUAUCAUCAAACGGGCAUAUCUGGAGGCAACAGAGAAAGUUUGCUGCAGCAACUCUGAAAAGCAUUGCUGUAAGUUUUGAGGAAAAAGUGCAAGAGGAGAGCCGGUACCUUGUGGAGACGAUCGAGGAGGAGAAAGGACAACCAUUUGACCCUCAUUACAAAAUUAACAGUGCUGUUUCGAACAUCAUCUGUUCCAUAACUUUUGGGAACCGCUUUGACUACCAUGACAACCGUUUCCAGGAAUUACUGCAUUCACUGGCAGAAAUGCUGCUGCUCAUGGGAAGUUUCUGGGGCCAGCUGUAUAAUGCUUUUCCUUUGAUCAUGAGAUGGCUACCAGGACCCUUUAGGAAAAUCUUCAGGCACCAGGAGAAACUUCAAUAUUUUUUGAAGGGAGUGAUCGCAAAGCACAAGGAGGAUUUGGACCAGUCCGAGGCAGGAGAUUAUAUUGACUGUUACCUGAAGGAAAUAGAAAAAUUUAAGGGUGACACCAGCUCAUAUUUCCAUGAGGAAAACCUGCUGUGCUCCACUCUGGACCUCUUCUUAACGGGGACUGAGACAACAGCAACCGCCAUCCGCUGGGCUCUGCUCUACAUGGCUGCGUACCCCCACAUUCAAGAGAAAGUGCAGCUCGAAAUCGACACAGUGAUCGGCCAGUCCCGCCAGCCCACCAUGGCCGACAAGGAGAACAUGCCAUACACCAGCGCGGUGCUGAGUGAGGUCCUGCGGAUGGGCAACGUUGUGCCGCUGGGAGUGCCCAAGAUGUCCACCAGCGACACCAUCUUGGCAGGCUUCCACCUGCCCAAAGGCACCACCCUGAUGACCAGCCUGACUUCGAUAAUGUUCGACAAAAACGUGUGGGAGACUCCAGACACCUUUAAUCCUGAACAUUUCCUGGAAAACGGCCAGUACAGGAGGCGGGAGGCUUUUCUGCCCUUCUCUGCAGGCAAGCGGGCUUGUCCCGGGGAGCAGCUCGCCAGGACCGAGCUCUUCAUCUUCUUCACAGCCCUCCUGCAGAAGUUCACCUUCCAGGUGCCGGCGGCCACCACCCUGACCUUCGCCUUCACACUCAGCCUCACGCGCUGCCCAAAGCCCUUCCAGAUCCAAGCGCUGCCUCGCGACUGAGGCUGGCGUAGGGCCACCCCGCACCCCACAGCUUCAGCCCUCCUCAAGCCAGAAAGUGUCCCUUCUCCCAUCUGCCCCGCAGAUUUUGGGCUAAAAUGAUGGGGCAUCUAGCACCCACCAACACGCAGGUGGCAGCGGAAAGGGCAGGAGGGCCACAUCCUGCACACUGCAAUGAGGACAACCCUUGGGGCUCUUCCCUUCACCUCCUGCCUCCUCCCUCUAUCAGUUUGACAAAAUGCAUGAAUUUAAAAGCCUUAUUACUUCAUUUCCACUGUUAACACCUCCCACUAAGGUGUCUUCCAGCUGAAAAACCAUGGGCAUAGUUGGGGCCACAGUGGUUCUUCCACAGGGGAUACGUCCACCACUCAGAGACCAUUACACAACCUUUACAUCUGCAGCACCCUGAAUGGCCACGGGCUGGUGUUUUCUGAGGUCUCCCUGGUCAGUGGAGCAGCUGGCCUUGGACGUAGAAGCUCUGGGUUCAUGUCUCAGCGCCAGUUUGGACUUCCAGGGGGCCAAGGCCAAUCCUGAGGUUCAGGUGGCCUCGGCCUUUGUUUCGUAUGCGUUCCCCGCUUUACCCCACACCACCGUGUUGCUGUUUUGCAAUGGAAAUAGAGAUCCUCACAGCAUGAUCAUGCGUUUUUUUAUCUCAUACAUGUAUAGAGUAGUUUGGGUUGGAAGGGACCUUUAAAGGUCAUCUAAUCCAGCCCCCCCUGACAUGGGCAGGGACAUCUUCAACCCGAUCAGGUUGCUCAGAGCCCCAUCCAACCAGAACUUGAAUGUUUCCAGGAAUGGGGCAUCCACCCACUCUCUGGGCCACCUGGGCCAGUGUUUCACCAUCCUCAUUGUAAAAACUAUCUUCCUUAUUUCUAGUCUGAAUCUACCCUCCUUUAGUUUAAAGCCAUUAUAUGGAAAUUUUAGUUAGGAGGCUACAGCGUAGUAGAAGCAGGUUCUAUCAUAGGCCGGCCCAAGUGGGAUGGCAUGAGGAGCCACAGCAUCCAUGCCAUGGCUAUAAAAAUGCAGUAUUGCAAUUGUACGAGCAGGAAAGGUUUAUCGAAAAAGAUCUGUGGUAGUAAAAUACACAAUGGGAAAGAAAAGUGGCAAAAAAAUAAUUGCGCGCGGUUGCGCGUCAGCUGAAGCCCAACAGAAUGAGAAGCAGCAGAAAGUGUCGGAAGGGUCGUGCCCGCGGCGGCUCACUGCUGGCUGCCAGGAAGGAAACAUCGGCGCAGAGGCUUUGCAGUGGGAAGUCACGAGCUCGUCCCCGUCCCUUCCGCUUCUGCUGAAGAUCGGUGGCCGGGCAUGAGGGGCAUGUCCAUAGCAUGGGGCUGAGGAGGUGGGCUGGGGGCAUGGCACCCCCUGCGAUGGAGACACUGCUUCUGCCCACACCAGGGUCUCUUUGGAAAAGAGUUAAUUAAAUAUGAAACUUGCAGAGAUUUUUUUCGAUUUACGCGACCGAGCAUUAAUGCUUAGAAGGGCUGUCUCCUGCAUGCUUUUUUUUGGAAUCUAGUCACAGCAAAGAUGAUUGGUUUUGUUUCUUCUCACUUUUAAGUCACUCGUAAGUGACUCUUCUGUGUGCGCGCAUGUAGGAUACUGAAUAGUUAACAGGGAAACAGGAUUAAAUCAAGCUUCAUUUCCACUGUCUUUAGCCUCCAUCUCUGGCAUUAACCGCCUUUGCUGCGUUACAAAGCAAUCGCUGUGCAGUGGCAGAUUUGUGCCACAUGGGAGAGUCCUUUGCACAUCACAUCCCCGCCACGCCGGGCACACAGGGAUUUUGUCAAUGAGCCAUCCUUCUAACUGAUCAUUUUAAUCCUGUUGCAUUUUUAAUUAAUGUUUCGCAGUUAUAGGCUCCCGUGGUGGUGUUUUUUCCUUUCUAAAAGAGAAAACAUAAAAGAUCUGUGGACUUUUUUUCACCUAUGAAGUUUUCAAAGCCAUGCAGGACUAAACACUGGCUUCUCUCCAUUUUUUUUAUCGCUUUGCUGUAGGUCUGACCCCUGGUAUGUGGGUACUGUUUGUAUUAUUUGCACCAGCUUAGCAAACAAAUGUUGAUCCCUUCCAUCUUCCAUUUCAAACUUGCCUUUCCCUGUUACUUUAGAGUUCCCUUCCCUACUCACAGAGAGAAGAAAUGAUUGAAAUAAUCUUAUUUUUCUUUUUUUUUUUUUUUAAAAAAAUCUGUUGGGAACGCCCCCACUGCCUCCCCCAUUUUUAAAGGUAAU